GCGAACCGGCGCGCGGGCGCACACUGAGGCUGCGCCGGGGCGGCGCGCAAAUCUUCGGCGCCGGAGGCGUUGCGGCAAGGGUCCCGAGACUUCUGCAGUGCAGCCCAGCAUCCCGAAAGCCCCCUCUGACCUCUCUCCUUUUCCUCCUCCCGCUGCCCCAGGCUCUGUCUCCCCCCUCCGCCGGGGUUUGCGCAGCGGCUUGCACACCUCUUGGCCCGUGUACGCGCUCUGCACCUGCCUGCCCGAAACAUGUUGCUGAAACCCGAGAACGGGGCUCUCCCCAUCCCUCAGGCCGAGAGGGAGAAGGAUGGCGGCCGUGACGGUGAGACUCAGGCCCUGACCGCUUCUCAGAAAGAGAUCCCGAGCCCCCUCCUGCGAGAGACCCCCAAGGAGGAUCUUAGCGCCCGGAGGGAGGAGGGGGCUGAGGACUCCGCCCUCACCCCAAAAGGCGCAAGGACCUUGGCAGCCAGAGCCUUGGCCCGGCGCAGGGCCUACCGCCGUCUGGAUCGGACGGUGGCCGAGCUGGUGCAGUUCCUGCUGGUGAAGGACAAGAAGAAGAGUCCCAUCACUCGCUCCGAGAUGGUGAAAUACGUAAUCGGAGACUUGAAGGAUCUGUUCCCUGAGAUCAUCGCAAGGGCCGCAGAGCAUCUGCGGUAUGUCUUUGGUUUCGAGCUGAAACGGUUUGGCCGCAAGCACCACACUUACAUCCUGAUCAACAAACUAAAACCUCUUGAGGAGGAGGAGGAGGAGGAGGAGGAGGAGGAGGAUCUGGGAGGAGAUGGCCCCAGAUUGGGUCUCUUAAUAAUGAUCUUGGGCCUUAUCUACAUGAAAGGUAAUAGUGCCAGGGAGACACAGGUCUGGGAGAUGCUACGUCGUUUGGGGGUACGCCCCUCAAAGUAUCACUUCCUCUUCGGGUACCCGAAGAGGCUUAUUAUGGAAGAUUUUGUGCAGCAGCGAUACCUCAGUUACAGGCAGGUGCCUCACACCAAUCCGCCGGAAUGUGAAUUCUCUUGGGGUCCCCGGAGCAACCUGGAAAUCAGCAAGAUGAAAGUCCUGGGGUUCGUGGCCAAACUCCAUAAGAAAGAACCCCAGCACUGGCCAGUGCAGUACCGUGAGGCCCUGGCAGAUGAGGCUGACAGGGCCAGAGCCAAGGCCAGAGCUGAGGCCAGUAUGAGAGCUAGGGCUAGGGCCAGGGCCAGGGCCAGGGCCAGUGAUAGGGCUGGUAUCUGCCCCUGGUGAGGGCUGGUGGAAAGGUGGCCAGCGGGGUCCUCGUGGUUAUGAAAAAGCUACUGUCGGAGUCAUAAGUAGUAUCGUUGGGGGUAGGUCGUUAAUUAGAAGUUGUAUUUGUGUAACUAGGAUUUAGGUUUUGUAUCUUGCUGUGUUUUGUUACAUUUUACAUACUGUUAAAUUGAUAUUUAUAAAUGAGAUUGGUCUACUUUUUCCUGUAGGAUUUUGUUGUGGUUUGGCAGGUUUUGUAAAAUGGAUGGAAAACUUUACAUUUUGUUUUGUGAUCUUGAACAAAUGACGCAGCAUUGUAAUGCCGUACAUUAAUGGUUUCAAGGAACUCAGCAGUGUGAUCAUCUGGUACCACGAAAACAAAUAGCUGAUUGGUGGCUAGCUUCCCAGUGCUUUUUGUCUAUAUUGUAUAAAGAAAAAGACUGACCUGUACCUCUAUUUGUUAGCUAUUAUAGUAUCUAGAGAAAAAUGAAAAUACAGUAAAUUAGAACUAUACCCUGGUACACUUAAUAAAUUAAACAUUUGCUGAGCAUC